AAAGAUACACAGCAUGGCUCUGGCCAAUAGUGAUCUUUGAACUUCGGAACAGGAGUGCACACUCAUGGUAUUCAACAUCUACUUCCUCUGGGCCGUUUUAUGACCCCGUCUUCUCUGUUAUCGGUACAACUCAUUUUAGAACGGCGGUAUUGCAAACACCACUUCGUUCACCCGGGUGCGAGUAUGUUCUAAGGUCCAUGGAUCAGACCAGCACAGACAGCAGCAUUCGCGGGAAUCGUGUUCCAUCCCGCCCAACCCUGAAGCGCGUUUUGGUCGCCGAUCCGGGUCCGCCUGCCGAGACUAAAUGGCGCGAUUGACAGAAGCUUUCAUCGUGGCCUCACUUGCCGAUGCGCUAUGUCUGGUAUGAAAGCAUGUGUACUAUCCAAGCCUCGCCUACAAGGGAGGGCAAGGCUACAUAUGCCGGACAUGUUCACCAGCGCUCAUUGAUACACGGUGGAGAAUGUAUGUACAGAAGGUUGGGUUUUCAUGACCCGUUACAAAUUUUUGUUUUCGAGAAGCUCCAUGAUAUCGCGGUUGCCUCAGCGUCUGGCUACGGAUCUUCGUCUCCGCUUCUAUGCAUUCCUGCAGAGUUUCUGAUGUGGAUUUCAGCGUUCCUGGACGGUUGGAAUAUUGGUGUAAGGCUUGAGAUUCACAGUCGCCAGAUUGCGGUGUGUUUCCUUUCGAUGCUUGGUGGAUCGCGGCACGGUACCCGAAGCACGCUGUCCUUCUACAAACUCACCAUUCCACCUAUUUGCCCCCGUGUAUCGCCUGACUUUUGCGAGGCACCCAUUUCGUCUUCUGUGACUGUAAUCUUUGCUGAUCAUCGUGGUCCACUACGAAACCUUGGAAUGCCCUGUUGCCGACUCUCAUACAACGAAAUUAGCUUUGGGGUAUUGACCGUCUGUUCGCUAGUUAAUCGAGCGUAUCUGCGCAAUCUGCGCAUCGGCGUAGUGUCGUGACAAGCUCAGUUACGUAUUGAAUCUUGAGGCAGCUUGUUUACAGAAUGUUCGGCCCCACUGCAUUGCUUCCUAGAAGUCUGCAACAUACAAUGCGCAUGCAGAAUGCAGGGCCGAGUUCAUCCUUCUGCUUCGAACCCUGGAACUGCUCAACCUAACGCCUGCGAGUCUCCUGACCAUCUGUCUGCUGCUCACCUUUGUGUUCUUCCGGAUGCGACAUAAGACACAUAUUCUCAACUUCUUGGCAAACUCCAUUAAGCCGGGUCCUGGUAUGUGGUACAUGCAUGCAAUACAAUACUAGCCAUGUU